AUGACUGCCUUCAACUCGUUCAUGUAUCCCAGAAGUUCCAAUUAUUCAGUCAACUCAAUUCUUCAAAAUUCUAAUUUUUUACAACACCAACAGCUAUCAAACAUUCCACCACAAUCUCAUCAAGAGCUGAACUCCCAUCUACACCACCACCACCACCAGCUACAACAACAACAGCAGCAGCAACAGCAGCAGCCACACAUACCACUUCAUAUACCUCCGGGAUUGUAUCCAAAUAAAUUUUCUUUGCAACCACCUGAUUUAUAUUCAGCAAAUAGGCAGGAUCAAUUUCUUCUACCGUCGAACUUGCACCAGCACUUCCAGCACUCCCACCAACACGCGCUGGUUAACAGCAGGCAAUUGAGGAAUGUGGACGUUGAUUCUAACUUGCAGGAUGAUCCCAAAGUGGAGUUAGAAUCGAAAGAGCUCUGGGAACAGUUUCAUGAACUGGGCACUGAGAUGGUCAUAACGAAAUCUGGCAGAAUAAAUAUAUAUGACGUAUGCAAAGAGUUCUCAUUGGCUAUCUCGCCAGUGCAGACCUUUAAGAGCAGCAACGAUGUUGUACAGUACACGCAUGCAUACGAACGUAAGAGGGCUAGUGUCCCUUACCACAACCAAAGCCACUUAACGUUUGACGAUCACGUCUCCAACAUUGUUAAAUCAUGCAAAAAUUACAGAAGAACCAUUUCUCACAUAGGACAUUUUCCAGGACAUUGCUUCAGCUAUUGCUCGGGGUCUGAUUCUUGCAAGUGUUGA